CGGAGAUGAAUCACUUCCACAGUAAUCGAAUUUAUGAUUAUAAUACUGUGAUGCGUCUGUACCUGGAACAGCAGGCACAAUUCUAUGAAACGAUUGCACAGAAACUGAGGCAGGCUCUCAGUCGCUUUCCUAUGAUGUAG